AUGAUUCCUUUUGAAAGGAGUCUCCAUGCUGAGAAACAACUGCUGUACUACGCUGACACACUGUUUCUUCUUCUAUGUCUAACACCGCUGGGCUCGGCUCGGCGUUGUGUUCCCUCUGACUAUGACUUCGAAUACACUGAAUGUGGACCAGAUGGCUCUCGAUGGCGAGUAGCAGUACCUCUUCAUGGUACCGUCUGCGACGGUUUACCCGAACCCACGAAGGGUCUCAAUUGCUCAUUCUCAUGUUCGGCAGGAAACUACUUGGAUAUUAUGACGGAGUCUUGUAGACCAUGUCCACCAGGUAAGCGUGCACUUUAUGAAAAUAACUGUUUGAUUCCUGAAGGAACCGGAUGGAUUGUUCGCGAUGCAGAACUGCUGUACAUUCCAUCACCGUGCAUUUCUCGUCUGUCCUUCUCUGCAAAACUUGUUCGGCCAGGAUUCGUCGAGUUCUCCUACCGUAUGCCGAAGAACAAUCGAGCGCUCUCUCUACAUGUUGAUGUUCGGAACCAGCAAUGUCAAAGUUACAGGUGA